CCUCCUCUCUACUUUAUCUCCAUCGGUUUGCAUAAAACCACGUCAUCGACCCCUGAUCUCCAGUACCUUUCCACAUAUUCCACACUCGCCUCUACUUAAUGAUCACUUUGGAUUAUAAUCAGAUAUCGAUCGAGAUCGAGCACUAUAUACCUAUACUCAUCACUACUUCACUAGCACCACCACACCACUAGCUACCAAAAAGAGAGAGAAAACAAAGCAAAUUAAGAUCAGGUAAUUAAACGGCAUGGCAGAUCACCACCAGGAGAUGAUCCGUGCUGCAGCCGUGCCGUCGGCCUCCAUGUACAACAACGGCGGCGGCGGCGUCCAGGCCAGCCGUCGCGGCGGCAGUGGCGGUGACUGGUGGAGCAUGGCCGAGUCGCCUGGUUCGAACUCGCACGCCGCCGGCAGCUCCAUCACUUUCCAAGAACCCAUCGCCCCCGCCGCCGAUCCGGCCACCAUCGCUGCCGGCGGCUGGAACCAGCCUUCUUUCAUGGACGAUGGAUCUGGAUUCCAUGGACACAUGAGCUCGAGACCAAGCGAUCAGGCUCACAUCAACCAACCAAGUUUGCUGAUGAGUCCAUCUUCAUCAAAUAACAACAGCAGCAAUAUGAUGCUUCAGCUGCAAGUAGCAGAUCAGCAUGAUCCCAACUACCAGUUCCUGUCCAACCUCGGUUUCGAGCUGCUCUCGUCGCCGGCCUCUACGCCGUAUGCCACCGGUGGAGGCUCCCGGCCCUCCUCGCUGCUAAGAAGCCUCACGGAGCCGUCUGCGGCAGCGAAGCCUAUAAAUUACCAGCCGGUGACGAGCCAGCUGCCGGCUGCUGCAAGCGUCGCCACGACGCCGUUCUGGAACCCUACCACUGGGUUUGAUGCGGCGGCUUACCGAGCAAGCCUUGAGGCUGCCGGACCACCGCCGGCGCAAUCUAGGCCGGCAAGCCUCGCGGCAAAGAAUACAUUGGAAGGGGUAGGAGACUCAAGCAGUUGUGUCGUCACCAAGAAGACAAGCUCUGGCCCUACAGCCAAGAAAGCAAGAACGGGAACGCCACCAUCACCAUUGCCGACCUUCAAGGUUAGAAAGGAGAAGCUAGGGGACAGGGUCACAGCACUCCAGCAACUAGUCUCCCCUUUUGGCAAGACGGACACGGCAUCGGUGCUCCACGAGACCAUCGAGUACAUCAAGUUCCUGCACGACCAAGUUGGUGCACAUAGUGCUCCUUACCUAAAGAACAGGCAACAACAAGUGCCCCACUCCAAGAGCUCGUCCACUGACAAGAAGGACAAUAAUGGCGGCGAAGAGGCGGCGGCGAGAGACCUCACCGGGCGAGGGCUGUGCCUGGUCCCGAUAUCGAGCACCUUCGCGGUGGCCAGCGAGACGCCGGUCGUCGAUUACUGGAAUCCCUUCGGUGCAGCGUUCCGGUAGCUUAACAAUACAUAGCAAAUCGAGAUCGGCCGAUAAGUCGAUAACCCAGUGGUAGCUAAGCUCUUCUGGUUAAUUAACUUAACUACAUAUGGUAAUGGUACUAAUUAAUGAAGUAAGCAACCCACAACUGGCUAGCGACUAGUGAGAGCAUAUAUAUAGAUGAAUCUCUUGAAUGAGUGCUCGAAAGACUUGGAUUCAUUCUUCAGGUUCAUCAGAGAAAUAAGGAGAUCAGCUGAUAACUGACUGACUGAAGCAACCAAAACUGCAUGUACCAGAUCGUACACUGAUACCUUGUUUGUAAUAAUAAGUGCACAUAUUGUUUUUAAGAAAUAUACUGCACAAAAUGCUACAGUUUGUUCAUGUGAAUUAAAUUUUUUUCGACAA